GUGUGUGGUCAUAAAGCUGUGAGAGCUCGAAGCUCCUUCUGUCCUCCUCCUUUCAUGCUAAGCCGAUCAUUAGAAACAUUUCCUGAUCAGUCAUCAAUAAUCAUUCGCCUGGCGCGCGCGGACUGGAUCCCGGGAUCUGCUCUCGAGCCGGAGAAGCCAGGUCUGGACUCCAGCCUGAGGCGCUUUGGACGCUAUCGGCUUUCGGUAUCGAGGUCAGCGACCAUCGCUGUCAUCUGUUCUCCUGGCCCUGAAGAGGGGAGAUUUAAACAGACGCGAUCUGCUGUGCGCAGGAGCUCCAGGGGAAGUUCAGGCCGUGCUGGUUUGAGGCUCAGAGGUCAGCAGAGGUUUUUCGGUUUGAGUGUUGACGAAGAAGACAGUAUGAAGAGUAUGAGUUCUUUCGCCACUGAUGUUAAAGAGAACCGCAAUGUGGACAACCUGUCGUCCAAGGAGGGGCUUGGGGAGGGGCUCCAGCUGGCCAACGGAAGCACCCCAGGCUCAGGCCGUAAGCGGCCAUUGGAGGAGGGCAACAACGGUCAUGCCCACUCCAAGUUCCGGCCUAAGAAGCGCAAGAAAACACCAGGGCCAGUGUUGCCCAAAAAUGCCCUGAUGCAGCUGAACGAGAUCAAACCGGGUCUACAGUACAAAUUGUUGUCCCAGACUGGACCAGUCCAUGCACCUGUAUUUGCUAUGACCGUGGAAGUCAACGGUCAACUCUUUGAGGGCACGGGGCCGACCAAGAAGAAGGCCAAACUGAACGCAGCCGAAAAGGCGCUACGCUCUUUCGUCCAAUUCCCCAACGCUUCCGAGGCUCACCUAGCCAUGGGGCGCACACUGACCAUCAACACAGAUUUCACUUCAGACCAGGACGACUUCCCUGACACUCUCUUUAACGGCUUCGAGACUCCCGUCCCACCCGAAGAUCCAUUCUGCUUGAAUUCCAGCUCUAACAAGCCUUUAUCCUCCCUGGAUGAGUGCCGGCUGCCCAUCCCGCUGUCCCACGCCACCCUCCUCCCUCUGACCUCUGUCCUCACGGCGCCGCCUGUAGGCCACGGAAAGAAUGCGGUGAUGAUCCUCAACGAGCUGCGGCCAGGUCUCAAGUACGAGUUUGUGGCUGAGAGCGGUGAGAGCCAUGCCAAGAACUUUGUGAUGGCCGUGACCGUGGACACCCGUGUCUUCCAGGGUUCGGGGCGGAACAAGAAGUUGGCGAAGGCGCGGGCAGCCCAGGCAGCGCUGUCCGGCCUUUUCAACAUGCAGCUGGACCAGACACCUUCCAGGCAGCCCAUUCCCAGAGAUGGCCUGCAGCUUCACCUGCCACAGGUCCUGGCAGAUGCCGUGUCCCGGCUGGUGGUGGAAAAGUUCAGCGAGCUGACGGACAACUUCACAUCGCCUCACGCACGGCGGAAAGUGCUUGCGGGCGUCGUCAUGACAACAGGGACGGACGUAAAGGAUGCUCAGGUCAUCUGCGUUUCAACGGGAACCAAGUGCAUAAAUGGAGAAUACAUGAGUGACCGGGGACUGGCACUGAACGACUGUCACGCAGAAAUCAUCACACGGCGUUCACUCAUCAGAUACCUGUACAGCCAACUGGAGUACUUCCUCAGUAACAAUCCUGAGGAUCACGCAAGGUCAAUAUUCCGUCGCUGUGAGCCGUGUGGUUACCAGCUGAAGGAGGGUGUUCAGUUCCACCUGUACAUCAGUACGUCACCCUGCGGAGAUGCUCGCAUCUUCUCUCCACACGAGGCCGCCGUAGAUGAUCAGGGCGACAGGCACCCAAACAGAAAGGCUCGAGGGCAGCUGAGGACCAAGAUUGAGUCAGGAGAGGGGACCAUCCCAGUGCGCACCAGCAACACCAUCCAGACCUGGGACGGAGUUCUGCAAGGAGAGAGACUACUGACCAUGUCCUGCAGCGACAAGAUCGCCAGGUGGAAUGUAGUGGGGGUGCAGGGCUCCCUCAUGAGUUAUUUUUCAGGACCCAUCUAUUUCUCCAGUAUAAUUCUGGGGAGUCUGUAUCAUGCGGACCACCUGUCUCGCGCCAUGUACCAGCGCAUUGCAGACAUAGAGGAGUUACCCCAGUCUUUUACCCUCAACAGACCACUGCUCAGCGGUAUCAGUAAUGCGGAGGCGAGGCAGCCCGGUAAAGCUCCUAACUUCAGCGUGAACUGGACGGUUGGAGAUCAGGGGUUAGAGGUCAUUAAUGCCACCACGGGGAAAGAUGACCUGGGACGACCCUCUCACCUCUGUAAACACGCACUGUACAGCCGCUGGGUCCGCCUACACGCGAAGCUCUCCCAGACUCUGAGGAUCAGAGUGGACCGGCCAGCUACGUACCACGAGGCCAAACAGGGGGCGGCAGAGUACCACACCGCCAAACAGACUCUGAUUAAAGCCUUCCAGAAAGCAGGCCUGGGGGCCUGGGUCAAAAAACCCAUAGAACAGGACCAGUUCUCCCUCAACCAGUGAGAGAAAAACAAAAAAAAACAAAGAGAAAAGAAAAGGGAAAGAGCAUGACGGGACUGUUUUAAUUAUUUAAAGUACUUUUAUGACUCUUUUAUGUUGUGUAUGCUACUGUUUUUUUAAUAUGUCGCCUCCAUUUUGUGGUUUUCUACUGUAAGUUCCUCCUAACCCUUCUCAUAUCACAGCUAUGUUACUGGAAUAUUAUCAGUGUUAUAUUUUAUGCUGAUAUGUUAUUGAGAAGUUUUAUUUUUCCAGUUGUGCUAAGUUUUCAGUUUGCGCUAAUGUCCAAAAACAAGGAAUUAGCAUGUUGCUAACUGGAUUUUUUAUUCUUGUUGCAAGAUUUUUUUGAAUUGCUUGACCAGCUUAACAAGAUGCUGAUUAUUAUAGUGGCAGCUUUUUGCAUAGCAUCUUCCUUUUAUUGUUAUUAUUAUUAUUGUUAUUAUUAUUAUUAUUAUUAUUAUUAUUGCUGCCAUUUGUAAUGUUAUUUUACAAUUUACCUCAUUAUUCGUUGUUAUUUGAACACCAAGCUGAUUUUUUUUACUGUGGUCCACUUUUCCUGUUUGCAGAAAUGAAUGUCAAAUUCAAACAAAGAUUCCCUUUAAUAUUUAAGAUUUUAAAGAAAAUCCUUUUUUUUCUUUUCGCAUGUGAAUGAAUGGUAGGUGUGAAAAGCACAAUCCAGCCUAAUACAUGCUCAAAAUUUGCUUUUUUUAUUUUUAACUGAGUUGAAUGUUAGAAAUAAUACCCAAAAUUGUCUACGCUUGUUAUUUUUUGUCAUUCCAACCAGUUGAUGUUCACAUAGUUGUAGCUAGAUUUUGUUAUUAAAGUUGAAUUCUGCAAAUAUGAA